AUGAAUUCUCCGAGGUAUGAAUGUUCUCAAUGUGGCGGCUCGGCUUGCGAACUGAAAUGCCUUCCGUGUUCACACACUGUGUGCACUUAUUGUUUUCAUAUGCAAAACAGUCAUGCGACUGCUGCUUCUGUUAAUUGUACGUGCCCAAUCGACAAACACGAGUUUCAUUUGGCUGAUGACGGCAUUGAGAGCUUUCCUACCAGGGGUUUUUCGGUUGAGGUUUCAAACAAUCGAGCGUUUAAUGCCCAAUCACAACCAGCUCACGUCGAGAUGGAUGCACUGUUGACAUACACACAGGAAUACAAAAACGAUUUGUCAAUUUCCAUCCGAGACAUGGAACAUGCCAUUCAUUCGUCAUUAUCAGAGCAGGAGGUUCGUGUGAAGGAGGAGAUCAGACGAACUGCCGAAGAUCUGAUCGAGGUUGUUCUGGCGAAAGAGAAAGAGUUGUACAGAGACGUGGAUCGAUUUAUCGAAGCAGAAAAACGAGAGAAGCAGCAACAAUUGGCAGACUUCUCUCUAGAGGCUCAUCACAUCGUGGAAGUAGUGCGACGACAUCACGGCCAGUUUAAACAAGUGAGGGAUAAUCCUGCGCUCAUGGAUCAACUGCAAACGAGCCUUCAAACCGUAAAUGAACGCAAGAGCGCCCUCAUGGAGGAGAAUCGACGUUCUUCGGUCAAGCUUUCAUUUAAAAUCAACGAGAAGUGUUUUGAGGAGCCGAUUGGGAAAGUGGAAUGUAGAAGGAGCAAAGGUCCCACAGGAAGUGAUCAGCUCAAUUCUCCUUUGACGAUACCUGUGCGCCAUCUGUCAUCAAGGCGGCGGUCCUCGAGCGAGCGCAAGAGAAAAGCAGGACAAGUUAUUAAAAAUAUCGUUCCACCGAGCCCUUUAACAGAAAAAUUCCGUCCGUGGGCUGUCUCCGUAAGUGAAAGUGGCCACAUUGCUGUCGUAGACAGAGGAAAUAACUGUAUUCACAUUUUUAAUCCGAGAGGCGAUUUCUUACGGCACGUAGCCAAACCCUACGGAAACCAAAGCAAGUUCUUAGAGGUGUAUGGCGUGACAUUUUUAUCACGCAGUACUUUUGCAGUGGCCGAAUACUCGCCGUCAACCGGAAGUGGGUGUCUCUUGGAAAUGGAUAUUUCUGGGGAGCACUUGCGCGUGAUUGGGAAUCUCAAAGGGCCUGCCUAUAUCACUGCAUUCAACACCGCUUCACGAGAAGGGAAGAAAAUCAUAGCAGUUUAUUACACAAACAGCUUGGAGGCACCUGAGAUAUUUGGCGACGAAAGCAAGCUCGAGCUACCAUUGCAAGAAAAUGACAAUGGCUUUCUGUUUCAUCCUCAAAAAGGCGUCUUUUUGAAGGACAAACUCGUGUUUUCUGACAUAAAUGAAAGGAAGAACCAAGGAUGCGUGAAAGUCUUCGAGUCCCAGGGUCAAUUUAGCCAUGAGUUUGGUAAACAGCCUAUUUGGAACGAGGAAGGCUUGGGCCAUCCUCUUCGUAUUGCCGCUGACCCUUUAAGCUGCAAAGUCCUAGUUUACCACCAGUUUUCCAGCAAGAUGAUGGUGUAUGACGUCAAUGGCGCAUGCGUGUCGGAGUUUCGUACUGUAUCUGGACUUCUUGACUUUGUUGUUACAGCCGAUGGCCACAUGUUUGCCACGUGCAGCAACAACAGCGAAUUUCCAAAUUCUCUAAUCGUUUUAUCUUAUAAUACUUAA